ACAACAAAAAAGAACAAACUGUCGACCAGAAUGAACAAACAAUAUGAGCGCGUCGUUUUUGGGUACAGCCAGAGCUGGCUGUACCCGGUACAGCAGUUAGCGAUUGAUAAAAAAGCAUGUUGUUAAUAGGAAACGGCCCAUAACUUAAUACGGAACAAGACCUUUGUUGUUAAUUUCUCCACAGAUAUUCGAAUUGGCUGGAAACUGGAACCAAAUCCCUGUCGUCUUCGAACGGGAAAAGGGCGAAAGGACCCCCAAUUCUGCUACAAUUGGCCAUUGCUAAUUCUCCAUUCCUUCUCCUGCUACGUAAUCUUAGAACAAAUCCCUGCUCACAAUCACUCAAAACAGUCACAUCAACGAAUUUGGAUUUCGGGCGUUCUCUGUUGCUCUAAUCUCCUACGCCCGGGACUGGAAAUUUUUUCCCGAUAAACAAUCCAACACUAAUUGAGGCUUGUCUUAUAUAGUAAUAACAUCCAUUGUGAGCUGAAGCCAAGCAGCAACGAUGGGUUCAUUCAAGGAGUCUAACCCAUCUUUAGGGUUUCUCACAAUGAAAGAGACAGAAGUAAGGUACCCUCAAUCCACCAGAGUCAAGAACAAGACUCCUGCUCCUAUUCAGAUCACUGCUGAACAACUUCUGCGCGAAGCCCGUGAACGCCAAGAAUCUGAAAUCCGCCCGCCUAAGCAAAAGAUAGCUGAUUCAGCUGAGCUUGCAGACUAUCGUCUUCGGAAGCGCAAGGAAUUUGAAGAUUUGGUCCAGAGGGUGCGGUGGGAUGUUAGUGUGUGGGUCAACUAUGCACGAUGGGAGGAGUCACAGAAGAACUUUGAACAUGCUCGCUCGGUUUGGGAGCGCGCUUUGGAGGUUGAUUAUAGAAAUCAUACCUUAUGGCUAAAAUACGCAAACAUGGAGAUGAAGAAUAAGUUCAUAAACCAUGCGAGGAAUGUGUGGGAACAUGCUGUCUCUUUGCUCCCCAGAGUAGAUCAACUGUGGUUAAAAUAUAUCCAUAUGGAGGAGAUGCUUGGCAAUGUGGCUGGUGCUAGGCAGAUUUUCGAGAGAUGGAUGCAGUGGCAUCCUGAUCAUCAAGGAUGGCGCUCCUACAUUAAGUUUGAGUUGCGUUACAAUGAGAUUGACCGUGCCAGGCAAAUAUACGAGAGACUUGUGCAAUGUCACCCAAAGGCCGAUGCAUGGAUUCGUUAUGCAAAGUUUGAAUUGAAAAAUGGGGAAAUUGCUCGAUCUAGGAAUUGCUAUGAGAGAGCAGUUGACAAGUUGGCAGAUGAUGAAGAAGCAGAGCAGCUGUUUGUGGCUUUUGCUGAAUUUGAGGAAAGGUGCAAGGAGACAGAGCGUGCUAGAUGUAUCUAUAAAAUUGCACUGGACCAUAUACCUAAAGGGCGGGCUGAGGAGGUUUAUAAAAAGUUUGUUGCAUUUGAGAAACAGUAUGGGCACAAGGAGGGUAUUAAUGACGCUAUUGUGGGAAGAAGAAGAUUUCAGUAUGAGGAUGAAGUCAGAAAGAACUCCCUUAACUAUGACAUUUGGUUUGAUUACAUUCGUCUGGAAGAAAGUGUUGGUGUCAAAGACAAAGUAAGAGACCUAUAUGAGAGGGCUAUAUCCAAUGUCCCACCAGCUGAGGAGAAAUGCUACUGGCAGCGUUACAUCUACCUCUGGAUCAAUUAUGCUUUAUAUGAAGAACUUGAUGCAAAAGAUAUGGAGCGAACAAGACAGAUAUACAGGGAAUGCCUUAAGUUGAUUCCUCACAACAAGUUCUCCUUUGCUAAGAUCUGGCUUUUGGCAGCGCAGUUUGAGGUACGACAAUUGAAUCUGAAUGGUGCACGCCAGAUAUUGGGCAAUGCGAUUGGGAGGGUUCCAAAGGAUAAGAUUUUCAGAAAUUACAUUGAAAUAGAGUUGCAAUUGGGAAAAAUAGAUAGAUGCAGGAAGAUAUAUGAGAAAUAUUUGGAAUGGUCUCCAGAGAAUUGCUAUGCAUGGACCAAGUAUGCCGAGUUGGAACGUUCUUUGUGCGAAACAGAAAGAGCUAGGGGUAUUUAUGAGCUUGCCAUAGCUCAGCCCGCAUUGGACAUGCCGGAAAUUUUGUGGAAGGCAUACAUUGAUUUCGAGAUAGCAGAAGGAGAGUUUGAAAAUACAAGAGCAUUGUAUGAGAGACUGCUUGACAGAACAAAGCAUUUAAAGGCAUGGAUCAGCUAUGCCAAGUUUGAAGCUUCUGCUGCCGUGGAUAAAGGGGAAUCAGACAUGCCAGAGGAUGAGACUCGAGAACUUUUUCAUGAAAAGAGGAAAUUGUCUGUUCAGCGUGCCAGACGGGUUUUUGAAAAAGGCCUGAGUCAUUAUAGGGUUUCUGCUCCUGAGCUGAAAGACGAGCGAGCUAUGCUCUUGGACGAGUGGCUGAAGAUGGAGGCAGAUUUUGGUGAGCUUGGCGAUGUUGGUUCAGUUCAAGCUAUGAUGCAGAAGAAAGUCAAGAGGCGGCGGCCUUUAAUGACAGGCAAUGGUGCAGCUGGAUUCGAGGAGUGUUUCGACUACAUGUUUCCAGAAGACACGCAGACAACUAAUUUAAAGAUCUUGGAUGCAGCAUACAAAUGGAAGAAGCAAAAAAGCUGCCUCUUAUGACUGAGAGUAGAAGGUCUUCUUUAAAUUCUUUUGUAAAUUUAUUGAAUUUUGCAGUCACCUUUUAGGCAGAAAUCUGAAAAUUCCACCAAAACUAUUUUUUCAUGUGGAAUUUAAAGAAAGUUUUAUGCAAUUUUCCUUUUGUAUAUAAUUACUUCAUAAUUCAUAUUGGGUUUGACUUGAGCAUAUUAUCGGCAAAAAGGGUUCAAUUUGCUUC